AUGGUCCGCGACUGGACUAAGUCAAUGCUGGUGGCCACCGCUGCGUGCGCCGUGACCGCAGUUGCUUCCCCCACCGAGUUCAGAUGUACAGAGGAUACGGCCCCGAUGCAGGCCCGUUUGGCCUACUCUGGAGACAAUGGCAUGACCGUUAGCUGGAAUACCUACUCGAAGCUCCAACAGCCACAUGUUCGCUACGGUCGCAAUCCCCAUGCCCUUUCGCACUUGGCCGACUCGGACGUUUCGGUCACCUAUCCCACUUCGACCACCUACAACAACCAUGUGAAGAUCACUGGUCUGGAGCCCAACACUAUGUACUAUUAUCAGCCGCAGUGUGGAAACUCCACUCAGAUCUACACCAUGAAGACUGCUCGUGUUCCUGGUGAUAAGACCCCCUUCACCAUCGCAGUUGGCGGUGACUUGGGCUUGAUGGGUCCCGAGGGACUUACUACCACGACUGGUCCCAACGGAGGUACCGCCCCCUUGGGCCCUAACGACAGCACCACACUUCAGUCGUUGCAGUCCAUGGAGUCGGAGUGGGAAUUCUACUGGCAUCCCGGUGACAUUGCUUACGCCGACUACUGGUUGAAAGAAGAGGCCCAAGGCUUCCUUCCCAACUUUACAGUCAGCGAUGGCCCCGCUCUGUAUGAGUCCCUCUUGAACCAGUUCUACGACGAAAUGACUCCCUUGACUGCCAACCGGCCCUACAUGGUUGGACCGGGUAACCACGACUCGAACUGUGACAAUGGCGGUACCUCCGUCAACGGUGUUGCUUACAACGUCAGCAUUUGCCCUAUGGGCCAGACCAACUUCACUGGCUUCCGCAACCAUUAUCGCAUGCCUAGCGAUGUGUCUGGCGGUGUUGGAAACUUCUGGUAUUCCUUCGACCACGGCAUGACUCACUUCAUCCAGUUGAACACCGAGACUGAUAUUGGCGAUGGAUUCCUUGCCCCUGACGCGCCUGGAUCCUCGGAAGGCAUGAACUCUGGGCCAUUCGGAUCUUACCCUAACGAGCAGAUCGAUUGGCUCAAGAAGGACCUGGAGAGCGUGGACCGUAAAAAGACACCUUGGGUCAUUGCUGCUGUGCAUCGCCCUUGGUAUGUGAGUGCCAACAACAUCAGCUCUACCAUCUGUACCAUAUGCAAGGAUGUCUUCGAGCCUCUCCUCGUUGAGCACAACGUCGAUCUCGUGAUCCAAGCCCACAACCACUUCUACGAGCGCAACCAGCCCUUGAACGACUAUGUCAUUGACCCUGCCGGUCUCAACAACCCCACAUCCCCGUGGUACAUUACCACCGCCGCCCCUGGCCACUACUCUGGAUUGGACAAAUAUCUUUCUCCUCUCAAGCCUUACGUUGUUUACGCGGAGGAUACCGCCUAUGGAUGGAGCAAGAUCACCUUCCACAACUGCACUCACAUGACUCAUGAUUUCGUGUCUAGCAGCAACAACACCAUUCUUGACACCGCCACUUUGUACAAGGACCGCAAGUGCAACUCUGAGAAUGCGCAGCACCACGGCUGGUUCUGA